AUGGACAAGAGAACAGUAGAUCAGAUAAGUCAGGAAUGUAAAGAUGAGAUAGAGAGAAAAAUUGUACAUGGACAGUGCAUUGACAGAACAUGCUAUGGCCUCACUGACUGCCUGGAUCCAGAUUGCUGUCUCCAGUCUACGUGUCAGAAUAGCCUGCUGUGCCGUGGUUCACGUGAUCCUCUUGACAUCAUACAACAGAGCCACUCUGGUUCUCCAACUGUGAAGUCAUUCUAUGAUCGAAUCAAGCUCUUAGUGGGGAAGGACAGCACUCAUAUAAUUCCAGGAGAAAAUCCCUUCAACAGCAGUCUUGUGUCUCUUAUAAGAGGCCAAGUAGUGACUACAGAUGGGACUCCACUCGUUGGAGUCAACGUGUCAUUUGUCAAGUAUCCAAAGUACGGCUACACCAUCACUCGUCAGGAUGGCACGUUUGACUUGAUUGCAAAUGGUGGGGCUUCCCUAACUCUGCACUUUGAGCGAGCCCCAUUCAUGAGUCAGGAAAGGACGGUAUGGCUGCCAUGGAAUAGCUUCUACGCCAUGGAUACACUAGCGAUGAAAACUGAGGAGAACUCCAUUCCCAGCUGUGACUUAAGUGGCUUUGUCCGUCCUGAUCCAGUCAUCAUUUCAUCGCCACUUUCAACAUUCUUCAGUGAUGCUCCUGGUCGGAAUCCCAUAGUACCAGAAACCCAGGUUCUUCAUGAAGAAAUUGAGUUUCCUGGCUCCAACCUAAAGCUCUGUUAUCUGAGUUCCCGUACUGCUGGAUACAAAUCUUUGCUCAAGAUCACCAUGACCCAAUCUCUUGUGCCUCUGAAUCUAAUUAAAGUUCAUCUGAUGGUAGCAGUGGAAGGGCAUCUGUUUCAAAAAUCAUUCCAGGCAUCCCCUAAUUUGGCAUAUACAUUUAUCUGGGACAAAACUGAUGCAUAUGGUCAGAAGGUUUAUGGGUUGUCAGAUGCUGUAGUUUCUGUGGGAUUUGAAUAUGAGACAUGCCCCAGCCUGAUCUUAUGGGAGAAGAGGACAGCGCUGCUGCAAGGCUUUGAACUAGAUCCCUCAAAUCUAGGGGGCUGGUCUUUGGAUAAACAUCAUGUUCUUAAUGUCAAGAGUGGUAUAUUGCAUAAAGGCAGUGGAGAGAAUCGGUUUCUAACUCAGCAGCCAGCCGUGAUUACCAGUAUUAUGGGGAACGGGCGCCGAAGGAGCAUCUCCUGCCCAAGUUGCAAUGGUCUUGCAGAAGGAAACAAGCUUUUGGCCCCUGUGGCACUUGCAGUGGGAAUUGAUGGAAGCCUCUUUGUUGGGGAUUUUAACUAUAUUCGGCGCAUCUUCCCAUCUAGGAAUGUCACCAGUAUUUUGGAAUUAAGAAAUAAAGAGUUUAAACAUAGCAACAAUCCUGCCCACAAAUACUACCUGGCUGUGGAUCCCGUUUCGGGUUCACUGUACGUAUCAGACACCAACAGCCGACGAAUUUACCGAGUCAAAUCCCUCACUGGUGCAAAAGACCUGGCCGGUAACUCUGAAGUGGUGGCAGGGACUGGAGAGCAGUGUCUGCCAUUUGAUGAAGCCAGAUGUGGAGAUGGAGGGAAGGCAGUGGACGCAACCCUAAUGAGCCCUCGAGGAAUUGCAGUGGAUAAGUACGGGCUCAUGUAUUUUGUUGAUGCCACUAUGAUUCGGAAAGUUGAUCAGAAUGGAAUUAUAUCAACUCUGCUGGGCUCUAAUGACCUAACUGCUGUUCGACCACUAAGCUGUGAUUCCAGCAUGGAUGUCACCCAGGUGCGGCUGGAGUGGCCAACUGAUCUUGCUGUCAAUCCUAUGGAUAACUCGCUUUAUGUCCUGGAGAACAACGUCAUUUUACGGAUCACAGAAAACCACCAGGUUAGCAUCAUCGCUGGACGUCCCAUGCACUGUCAGGUUCCUGGGAUAGACUACUCCCUUAGCAAACUGGCCAUCCACUCUGCGCUGGAGUCAGCCAGUGCAAUUGCCAUCUCACACACAGGAGUCCUUUAUAUCAGUGAGACAGAUGAGAAAAAAAUUAAUCGACUACGCCAGGUAACCACCAAUGGAGAGAUCUGCCUCCUAGCUGGGGCAGCUUCAGACUGUGACUGCAAAAAUGACGUCAACUGUAAUUGCUAUUCUGGGGAUGAUGCUUAUGCCACUGACGCCAUCUUAAACUCCCCGUCCUCCUUAGCUGUGGCACCAGAUGGCACUAUCUACAUAGCUGACCUUGGAAAUAUCCGCAUUAGGGCUGUUAGUAAAAACAGGCCCGUUCUUAACUCUGUGAACCAGUAUGAGGCAGCUUCUCCAGGAGAACAGGAGCUAUACGUCUUCAAUGCCGAUGGCAUCCACCAGUACACCCUCAGUCUUGUUACCGGAGAAUAUCUGUAUAAUUUCAGCUACAGCGCCGAUAACGAUGUCACAGAGGUGAUCGAUAACAAUGGUAACUCCUUAAAAAUUCGUCGGGAUAACAAUGGAAUGCCACGCCAUUUACUGAUGCCUGACAAUCAGAUUGUCACACUGGCUGUCGGCACGAAUGGUGGACUCAAGGUAGUGUCUACCCAGACCCUGGAACUUGGAUUAAUGACUUACAAUGGAAAUAGUGGGCUCUUGGCAACAAAGAGUGAUGAAACAGGGUGGACGACCUUUUAUGACUAUGACCACGAAGGACGCCUGACCAAUGUAACACGUCCCACCGGAGUCGUGACCAGCCUUCACCGGGAAAUGGAAAAAUCUAUUACCAUCGAUAUAGAGAAUUCCAACCGGGAUGAUGAUGUAACAGUCAUUACCAAUCUCUCCUCUGUGGAGGCUUCCUAUACAGUGGUUCAAGAUCAAGUGAGGAAUAGCUACCAGCUCUGUAAUAAUGGCACUUUGAGAGUGAUGUAUGCCAAUGGAAUGAGUAUUAGCUUCCACAGUGAACCUCAUGUCCUGGCUGGUACUGUGACCCCUACCAUAGGACGAUGUAAUAUUUCCCUGCCAAUGGAAAAUGGCUUAAAUUCGAUUGAGUGGCGCCUGAGAAAAGAACAGAUAAAAGGCAAAGUGACAGUGUUCGGAAGAAAGCUCAGGGUCCAUGGAAGGAACUUGCUGUCCAUUGAUUAUGACCGAAACAUCCGCACAGAGAAAAUAUAUGAUGAUCAUCGGAAGUUUACACUGAGAAUAAUUUAUGAUCAGCUAGGACGUCCUUUUCUUUGGCUACCCAGCAGUGGGCUUGCUGCUGUCAACGUUUCUUAUUUCUUCAAUGGACGACUGGCUGGACUUCAACGCGGUGCCAUGAGUGAAAGAACAGAUAUAGAUAAGCAAGGCCGAAUCAUAUCCCGCAUGUUUGCUGAUGGGAAAGUGUGGAGUUACACGUACCUGGAAAAGUCCAUGGUACUACUGCUUCAGAGCCAACGGCAGUACAUCUUUGAGUACGAUUCCACAGACCGUCUCCAUUCUGUCACCAUGCCUAGUGUUGCUCGGCACAGCAUGUCCACUCAUACAUCUAUUGGCUACAUUAGGAAUAUUUAUAACCCUCCUGAAAGCAAUGCUUCAGUGAUUUUUGAUUACAGCGAUGAUGGGAGGAUUUUGAAAACAUCUUUUUUAGGAACUGGUCGACAAGUCUUCUACAAGUAUGGGAAACUAUCCAAGCUGUCUGAAAUUGUUUAUGAUAGCACUGCAGUUACUUUUGGAUAUGAUGAAACUACUGGAGUUCUGAAAAUGGUUAACUUACAGAGUGGUGGCUUUUCUUGCACAAUCCGGUACCGUAAAAUCGGUCCACUGGUUGAUAAACAAAUCUACAGGUUUUCUGAAGAAGGCAUGGUCAAUGCAAGGUUUGAUUACACCUAUCAUGAUAAUAGCUUUCGGAUUGCUAGCAUCAAGCCUAUAAUAAGUGAGACUCCUCUUCCUGUUGAUCUGUAUCGUUAUGAUGAGAUCUCUGGCAAAGUAGAGCAUUUUGGCAAAUUUGGAGUCAUUUAUUAUGAUAUAAAUCAAAUAAUUACUACGGCGGUGAUGACACUGAGUAAACACUUUGAUACCCAUGGGCGCAUUAAAGAAGUUCAGUAUGAAAUGUUCAGAUCACUCAUGUAUUGGAUGACAGUCCAGUAUGACAGCAUGGGAAGAGUAACAAAGAGAGAACUGAAGCUUGGACCUUAUGCCAACACAACCAAAUAUACCUAUGAUUAUGAUGGAGAUGGGCAGCUCCAAAGUGUGGCAGUAAAUGACAGACCAACCUGGCGUUAUAGUUAUGAUCUGAAUGGGAAUCUUCAUCUCUUGAAUCCAGGGAACAGCGUACGGUUGAUGCCACUACGCUAUGAUCUAAGAGACAGGAUUACACGUCUGGGUGACAUGCAGUACAAAAUUGAUGAUGAUGGGUUCCUAUGUCAACGAGGCUCAGAUAUAUUUGAGUACAACUCAAAAGGUCUCUUAACAAGAGCUUACAACAAAGCAAGUGGAUGGAGUAUUCAGUACCGUUAUGAUGGGUUAGGGCGAAGGGCUUCUUGUAAGACUAACUUGGGGCACCAUCUUCAGUACUUUUAUGCUGACCUUCACAACCCAACGAGAAUGACACAUGUUUACAAUCAUUCCAAUUCAGAAAUUACUUCUCUAUACUAUGAUCUACAAGGCCAUCUCUUUGCAAUGGAAAGCAGCAGUGGAGAAGAAUACUAUGUUGCCUCCGAUAACACAGGUACACCACUGGCAGUAUUCAGUAUUAAUGGCCUCAUGAUCAAGCAGCUUCAGUACACUGCAUAUGGAGAGAUAUAUUAUGAUUCCAACCCUGACUUUCAAUUGGUCAUUGGAUUUCAUGGAGGGCUGUAUGAUCCUCUGACCAAACUGGUUCAUUUUACUCAGAGAGACUAUGAUGUUCUAGCUGGGCGUUGGACAUCGCCCGAUUACACAAUGUGGAAAAAUAUCGGUAAGGAGCCUGCUCCAUUCAACUUAUACAUGUUCAAGAGCAACAACCCUCUCAGCAAUGAACUUGAUUUAAAGAAUUACGUAACAGAUGUGAAGAGCUGGUUGGUGAUGUUUGGAUUUCAGCUCAGCAACAUCAUUCCUGGUUUCCCUAGAGCAAAAAUGUACUUUGUGCCACCUUCAUAUGAGUUGUCAGAGAGUCAAGCCUGUGAAAAUGGACAGCUAAUUACUGGAGUCCAACAGACAACAGAAAGACACAAUCAAGCAUUCAUGGCCCUUGAGGGACAGGUCAUCUCUAAAAGAUUACAUGCCAAUAUUAGAGAGAAAGCUGGGCACUGGUUUGCAACAACUACUCCCAUUAUUGGGAAAGGGAUCAUGUUUGCUGUGAAGGAAGGCCGCGUAACAACUGGCAUUUCCAGCAUAGCCACGGAAGACAGCAGAAAAAUUGCCUCUGUGCUUAACAAUGCUUACUACCUGGAAAAGAUGCACUACAGCAUUGAGGGAAAGGAUACCCAUUACUUUGUCAAGAUUGGCUCGUCUGACAGUGACCUUGUCACCCUGGCGAUGACCAGUGGGCGGAAGGUAUUGGACAGCGGAGUAAACGUCACAGUUUCCCAACCAACCCUCCUUAUCAAUGGAAGGACUCGAAGGUUUACGAAUAUUGAAUUCCAGUAUUCUACCCUGCUACUUAACAUACGGUACGGACUGACCCCCGACACACUGGAUGAAGAAAAGGCACGCGUGUUAGACCAAGCUCGACAGCGAGCCUUGGGAUCAGCAUGGGCCAAAGAGCAGCAGAAGGCACGGGAUGGCAAAGAGGGCAGCCGCCUAUGGACUGAUGGAGAGAAGCAGCAGCUUUUGAGCACAGGAAGGGUUCAAGGUUACGAGGGAUACUAUGUACUUCCAGUGGAGCAGUACCCAGAGCUAGCAGACAGUAGCAGCAACAUCCAGUUUUUAAGACAGAACGAAAUGGGAAAGAGGUAACAAAUUAACCUGCUGUCAUCCUCUGCUGGAUGAAUCAGUAGUCACAACUGUUAUCUCCUCUCCUAAGGAGAUGAAGACCUAACUGGGGGCACUAGGCUGAGCUACUUUGGGAUAGUAAGUGGCAAGAAAGCUCACAUUUUUUGAGUUAAAUGCUACUGUUCAAGUGAUUAAAAACCACAUCCUGAAGUGGACUAAAGCCAGACUGAUAACUUUAACCAUACAAAUUAAAAAGUACCCCUAAAAUAUUACCCACUUGUUCUGGGUCUAAAGAAAAAAAAAGAAAUAAAAAUAGAAAAAAGGCCUCAUAUUAUAUUACCUCACUCCAUUCACACGUGAGCAAACUUUAAGAAAUUCAAGAGGGCCACCUUCUCUAGACCAGCUGAUGAAACAAAAAUGAUUCACACUGCUUGUUUGAUAAAUAUUCAAGAGGUUUUCGUUUAAAUCAAGAUACAGGUGCAUUUAAAACAUGACUUUGGGGUGAUUUGUGUGUAAUAACUGGAGGAAAAUGAGAAUGCGAGCAAGAGACCACUGGAAAUACUAAAUUAAAAGAUUAUUUAAAAAAUAACAAACCUGCACUUGCACUCAGACCCUGAAUUUGUCUGGCCUGAAGUUUAAUUUAUUCAAAGAGGGCAGAGUGUAAAGUUAAAUUCAAAAUGGUGGCUAUAAUCACUACAAAUAAAUUUCAUACUCUGUUUGUCUUUGAAGAUUCCAUUGUGGACAGUAUAACACAGUUACAGGGUGUAGUCUGUUUAGAUUCAGUAGUUUGUUGGUAUCAGUUCCAGUAGAGCUGUGGGCAUUGUGUUACACUAUUGCAAAUGGGCACCACUUCAGAUCACCCUGUACAUACAUCAGCCAGAAGGCACAAUCACUGUUUCAGAUUUUAAAAUUAUUAGUGUGUUUGUUUGGUCGAGAAACUGAGACAAUCACAUUAUGGUCACCACAAAAAAUUUAAAAAAAAAAAAAAAAAAAGCUAAGAACUUUGGUACAAGAACUUUUUUGUAAUAUACAUGUAUGAAUUGUUCAUUGAGUUUUUAUAUUAAUUUUAAUUUGCUGCUAAGCAAAGAAUAGAGACAGGCAAAGAUAAUUUAUGGCAAAGUGUUUAAAUUGUUUAUACGUAAUAAAGUCUCUAAA